CUCUCUCUUCAUAAGCUGUCCUUGAGGUCACCACUACCUCCAAAUGUCUAAAAGCAAAACUAACCUGAGGGUUGCAAUGUGAUAAGAUCAAACUGAUGUCAUGGUAAUUAUACCAAGUACCAUCCAAUCACCGGGUGGAAUUUACUGCUGAUCCCUGGGCUUAGGUGCAGGUGGGAGCAUGCAAUUUGUAUUACUCUGCUGGUAUAAAAGACGUUAUUAACUGCAGGCACUGAACAAUCGGAGACCAAGUUCCCCUCAGAUCGACAAUCAACUGCCCAGAACACAUCCUUCCAAAGAUCCAGAGGUAGGUAAUAUGAUGAAAUCAUUUGGGGGAUUUUAAUUAAGGAGUCAAACACUUGCGACCGCAGGAAGGAAUUUUCUGCAUCUAUCUUGGUAAGAAAAUAAUUAGGCAUUGGUUGAUUUUCUUUAUGGUGCUCAUGACUGAGUUGGGAGGAGCUCUGUCAAAUGUAGCUAAGGUGGUUUCUAACAGAAGCCAGGAUACAAGUAUCUCCUGUCAAAAUCUAAAAUAUUUUCUCAAGAACCAUUUGAAGGGCCUUCAUUUUGCUCAUCUUUCAGCAAGUAGAGGGCAAGUAGACAUUAUAGAAGUGGCUGAAAUUAUUUUAUUAUCAGUUCUAGACGAUGCACAUCUGACCUUACAAGUUGGCUAUCGAUAAAACAGCCCGCUUGUUCAGUGAAACGACCACACGUGCUAAUAUGUUUUGAAUAAAUGUUUCAGGGUUUUCAAUUAUACCACUGGAACUUGAGCACUGUUCCCGUUUUCUUUUCCAUAAUAUUCUAUAAACUAAUAGUUGUUGAUGUUUGCCAGCCAUUGCUGACGAUAAUAAGUCACUUUCCAAGGCUGAGUGGGUGGUUCUAAUGAGCUUUUGGAAAGUUCGACUAGUUUACAACUGGCGUAUUUGUGUGAGCACAGCACAUUCUUGGAUCCAGCCAACCUCAAAUUAAAAUACAAAUAAAAAAUUGUCAAUUCAAUUAUUCCUUGAGCAAUGAUGUAGAACAGGUGUCUACAUACUACAUGCAUUCUUUUAAAUGUUCUCAGUAGUCUGGAGAUAUUUUAAAAUGCAAAGGAAGAGGUUGUAUACCAAUACGCCAUGUUAUAGAAGGCACUGAGCAUCUGAGGAUUUGGUAUGGGAGAGCCCCUUGGAACCGUCUCCUCACAGAUACUGAGGAACAAUUGUAGUUAUAUUUAUGUUAGCAUUAGUCGAACUACUGAUUGGCUGGUAAACUGGAAAUAGAUAAUAAAAGGGUUGCUUUUGCUCUUCUUUCUCAAUAUUGACGAGUGGAAUUUGAGUAUUGAUGAAGAGAGACAGACCUAGUGCACAAUGAGAGUUACUCGGGCAUGCAAAGCAGCCGUUGUAUUUCAAUAGGACUUUUUGUUUCCAAAGGACUAUCAUUUCUUUCUAUUCAAAAGUAUGAUAGUUUACAUGAAAAGAGGAAUUUGGUUUUGGACUCAGGUUAGUUAAAAUUGUUCAUACUGGCCUGGAACUUGCUACGGAGCUGAAGACAACCUUGAACUCCUUACAGUCUUUUCUCUAACCCCCAAGUGCUAAGAUUACAGGUAGAAGAGGCAUCUUUUGAAUUUCUGAAGAUUUCUCUUAAACCCGAGAGGCUGGAGUCGUAGCUCAGCAGAGAAGAGCAUCCACCGCUCUUGCAAAGGAUCCAGUUUGCAGGAGAGCUAUGGAUUGCUACAGAAGAUAUGCGGCUGUCAUUCUGGUCAUGCUGUCCAUGGUCCUGCAUAUUCUUCAUUCUCUUCCUGAUGGAGACCUUAUUAUUCAGGGUUGUCCAGAAUGUAAACUAAAGGAAAACAAAUACUUCUCCAAGCUGGGUGCCCCCAUCUAUCAGUGUAUGGGCUGUUGCUUCUCCAGGGCAUACCCGACUCCCGCAAGGUCCAAGAAGACAAUGUUGGUUCCAAAGAAUAUUACCUCGGAGGCCACGUGCUGUGUGGCCAAAUCAUUUACUAAGGCCACAGUGAUGGGAAACGCCAGAGUGGAGAACCACACGGACUGCCACUGUAGCACUUGUUACUACCACAAGUCGUAGCUUCCAUGUGUGCCAAGGGCUGCGCUGACGACUGCUGACCCGUGCGAUGGCACUGAGUGUCGCCACCUCCUCCUUACCAGACUUCUGACACGCUUCAGUCAUACACUGCUGCUUUCCUGUCACAUCCCUUAUACUUCAGUACCAUCGACAGUCUCUUCUCAUUAGGGGAAAAUGUGUAUCUACCAUGGUCCCAUCAGAAAUAAAGCCUUUUCAAUCAUCA